AUGCGCCAUCCCGAGCGUUACCCGCAGAGUAACUCAAAUGUAUCACGUCGUAAUAGCGGCGGUGGUAGCAGUAGCGGCAGCACUCAAAGGCACUCACACCAAAGCUCUACCUCUGGUGUGGCCGCAUUGACCUCACCUCCACAAGUCCCCGCCUACGAUCCGAGCAGAGAUCCAACGUACACUCAAGCACACCGUUCAUCAAGACUCGACCAAGCGUAUCCGAACGGCACGGCCAACAACCACUCUUCGAAUGGAGCACCUUACCAGACACAUCCUCAAAACCAAGUGCCGGGCUCCUACAAUCCACCACAUUAUUCGUGGACUGCUUACUCGUCAACUCAUCUCCAAGUUCCGACCUACGAUACAUCCGGCAGGGAUUUCAACGCAUCUCUAGUGUUCCAAACAGCACCGCUAGCAGGUACCGUUGCACAGCCACAACAGGUACCCACUGGCGGCUUCCUUCCGCAUCAGACUGCGCCUCGACGACCCGAACCUUACGACGCCGUCGGAUACGUCAGGAGUGAUGGAGAAGUGUACGACAGAGAUGAAUUGUAUGAGGAGUACAGGCCGUACGAUUCAUACGACCAUCAACGUGGACACAGAGGAUACUAUUACGGAAAUAACGGAACAUCGCAUUAA